AUGCCGCCGCCCCCCCUCCGGCCAGAGCACCGGCCGCCGGAGCCCGAGCCCGUGCCCUCCGCGCCAGCCCCGCUGUCGUUGCAGGUGAUCAUCCAGCCUCCAGAUGAUGACCCUGGUGCCGACCCGAUGUGCGUAGCGCUGCAGGUCGACGAGUCCUGGACGGCGCAUGCAGUGAAGGCCGAGCUGGCGGCGCGGCUGGGCCUGCCGCCGGAGCAGCAGCGCCUGCUCGCCCCCCUCGGCCCCCACGGCCGCGCCGUGCUGCCGCACCGCCCGGAGUUGGCGGACGAGGACACCCUGAGCUCCUACGUUGUCCACGACUUUGGCCGGGUGCCACCGGUGGAGCUGGUGCUCGCCAGGCGCUCCAUCGAGCAGGUCGAGUGGCUGACCAGGGUCAAGCUGGAUCCGGAGUCGCUCCACUUCGCGCCGCCCCACGUGGCGGCCGACCGCGAGGCCGAGUCCGGGACUUGCGCCGGGGUCUGGCUGGUGCUGGGCAGCUGGGGCGUCUGUGGCCGCCUCUAUCUCGUCACGCAGCUUGCGGGCGUGCUGCACCAUGAGGUGUGCAAUUGUGCGGUCCUCCUCACCCUGGCGCGAGGCAGGGUCCACCCGGUCAGCGGAGCGCAAGGACGUGAUUGUGCGGUCGGCGAGGUGGAGACAGGGCGUUGGCGGCACGGGGGCCAGGUCGGCCAGUUGAUGUCCUUCGGCAGCUAUGGCACGCUCAUAUUCGGUGCGUGGGCACUGGCGACUGUCUACACGCUCUACCAGGAGACGCUGCCAUUCAGGGCUGUGCGGUGCGGCUCGGAGUCUGCAAGGGGCUGCUUGUCGCCGCUCAUGAAGGAGCGAGAGCCAGUCGACUUCUACCUCUACCUGACAACGAAUUCGACUUUGCGGUGGUGGAGCAAGGAGCAGCCGAAGCAGAAUUGUUUUUUACUGCCAGCCUCCGAAGCAAUCUUGUGCACUUGCGCGCAGCUUAGCACGAACGUUACGGACUACACGAGCACGAUCUACGAUUUCCAGGUCUGGGCGGCUACGGUUGGUCGUGUGGGCAUGAGUGUAAUCAAGUGGUUCGUUGUGCCACUGUGCUCGGAUGGCAUCAUGCAUGUAGAACAAGUCUUCGCGUACUUCGAGCAAGCUGGGCGUGACAUGGUAAGAUCGGUGGGAUUACAGCGCUGGCGAGACGGCGUGUGCCCACAGGAAGGCGUCGAGAACUUGUUGCGCGCGCCGCUGUGGAAUGCCACUGGCAUCCCUCUCGGAGAUCCCCUGGAGGCUGUGUUGGCGAACAUCUCGCUGUCCGCCAAGGACCUUGGCGGCGUGCGGCGAAACGAGUCCACUCUGAUCGUACACUGCUUCCUGCUCCGCAGCGGCACGGACCUCCUGCAGGCCGUGAGCAGAUUUGAUGGCCCUCAGGCCCUGGACAGUGGCCCGAGCGUAGAUGUCCUCGACUCCAACGUGAUGCACGCGCAGGCGAACAUCACGCGACUGCUGCCGCAACUGGUCAAGCCCAGGCGGAACCUGCUCGCGAACGCCAGCAAGGCGCAGAGUGGCAGCGGUUCGUCCGGGGAUGCCGAGGGCGACGCCAGAGGCGGGGCCAACUCUGGCCUGCCUGCAGAGGACGCCCCGGUUUUCCAGCGCCUGCCUGUCUUGGGGACGGCGGUGCCCGUCUACCCUAGCGAGGCGCUGAUGUGGGUGGGAUCGGCCUUCUGCGUCACCGCCUUCCUCGAGCCGGGCCCAGUGCUCGCGGUGGCGCGCCAGACCCUGGGAGUCGCCGUUGCGCCCUGGCUCGUGCAGCUCCGGAGGUGGCAGCAGGAGGAGCAGCAGGCCGCCAGGCUCGAGGCCGCAGCGGCCAGCCGCCAGGUCACCAAGGAGAGGUCUCCACACCCCACCUCGCGCCGCUGGUGCGGAUUUCGUUGGCCGCAGACUCCGAGUCGUACGAUGCCCGGUACAGGCCUCCGCUGCUGUACAAGAAAGUCGUGA